AAUUUGACGGAUCGAAAAUGGCUUUAGUUAGGACAUACGGUAUGAAUGUAACGGGGAAAUGCUGACAAUGAUAACCGCGUAUGUUGCAGGUGUAGAAACAUGAUCAGCGUGGACUGUACUUUAAAAAGUUAAAUUGCUGAAACAUGGCGGAGAGACGCGAUGAUAGAAGUUACUCGUUUGAUCCCGUAUAUCGCCAUCUUUUGAGGGCCAGGGAUUUAAGUCAAAAUGGCGACGUCCCUCGGGAUCUGAAGGCUGAAAUAAAUAGGGCUAUAGAGCUUUGUCAACAAAGAUGGCAAUAUUGUGAAGACCAAACAACAAAGCCUAGUCCGGCCCUUGACCAUCUGAUUAAGGAAACAUUCGCUUAUCCGUGGGAAGAUGCUCACAAAGAAGGCAAGGUGUCAUACUACGCGACUCCCAGGAUGUUGACUGGAAACGUUGAAGCCCAGUUAAUAAAACUUAUAACAAGUGCCAGCAAGGCUAACAUGGUCCUUGAAAUUGGACUUUACACUGGUUGUUCAUCACUUGCAAUGGCGGAAGCCCUUCCUGAGAGCGGGAAAGUGGUCUCUUUGGAAAUUGACAAAGGCAUCGCGGAUGUGGCAAGAUCUUUUCUCAAUAGAUCACCAGUAGGGAAUAAAAUUGAAAUUAUGAUAGGACCAGCUUUAAACAGCCUGGAAAUCUUGGCAGAAAAACAAAUGAAAUUUGAUGUUAUUUUCAUCGAUGCUGACAAGACGGGAUACGUUCAAUAUUACAGGACAAUUUUUGAGAAAGAUCUGCUAGCUUCGGAGGGAACGAUCAUUGUGGAUAAUGUUUUGAAAGAUGGAGACCCGUACUCUGGAGAGGAAUAUGAAUCGAACUCGGGAGCGAUUUCAGAAUUCAACGAAAUGGUUCUCCGCGAUAAAAAUGUCCACAAGGUGAUGAUUCCCGUGAGAGAUGGAGUAUACCUCAUCAGGAGGAUGAAGGACUGAGAGAAAGGCCAAGCACGCUGUACUGAUUUAUAUAUUAACAAAUAAAUUAAUAGCAUAAUAAAAAUAGCGCCUUGAUAAUAAUAGUUAAUAAAACUUAGUUAAUAAUUAAUAAACUUUUACCUUUACACAAGAUAAAAUUAAGACCUCUACGUUUUGCAAAAGUGAAGUAAAACCCAUGUGGCAGCAUGUACAUGAAUGUGCUUAAACCAAAGAACGGGUUUGAUAAAGGGGUUUUAAUGAGCACAAUAAUGUAAGCAGCAUCGCGCACUCAUUGCGUAAGAUGUAUUUAAUUUGAUAUUGGAUGUACAUUCAGAUAAUAUCUGCAUAUUAUGCUAUCUGUAAUCUGGAAGAAAUGUUUAUACUUGUUGUUAUAACCAUUACCAAUGUCCAAAUUACUAAUAUCGUUAUUAAUGAUUGCGCCAAUCAAAGAAAGGUCUUGUGACAUUUUUUACAAAACAGAGAGUUAACGUCACAAACAUUUGACGUUAUUCCAUAAGCAUUUUUACCUGGUUUUUAUAAAUUCAACACGUUAUUUUGGGUUAACUCUUAAAUUUGGGUUAACUCUUAAAGAUAUAAUGACAAAUUCAUUUUGGGGUUUUUUUUUGGUCUAAUUUUAUUUUAGAUUGAUCAAAAUAUGCUAGUUCAAAUAUUAGCUAUAUUUGAAUAAUUGUUGUAGAAAUAUUUAGUUAUUAAUUUUAGUGGAUACGUGUU